AUCAUGCAAUUGAAAAAUUAAUUUAGCAAUAAGUAAUUUGCUUCUACUCAUUGUGGAAUGUAAACAACAUCGUGCAUCUGUAUAGUAAAUAUUUAGAUAAUAUAUAUGUUACUUUCGUAGCUAUACACAAUGCAAGGACAUCGAAGGCAUAGGUCUAGAUCGCCUUUGAAAGAAAGCAAUGGUGGCCGCCGAAGAGAUGGAAACAGCCAUGAAAGCAAGAGGGCUAGCGACUUGCCUAAUGCAAAUGUCAUGAACGCAAUGAUGUUACAGAAUAUGUAUCAACAAAGUGGCAUGAUGAUGGCUGGUGGAAUGUAUCCAAAUAUGAUUAUGCCUAGUUCUGUGAUGGGUGGAGGAAUAAUGCCAUCAACUGGCAUGGAGAUAAUGUCAACCACAGGAAUAGAAAUAAUGCCCCAGCCUUCUAUGGACGUGUCUGCAAUAGGGACUCCAACAAUAUCCACACCAGGUAGUUCAACAAUUGAUAUGAAUAUGAUGGGAGGAAUGGUGGUAGAUCCUGCAAUGAUGGGAAUUUAUGGAAUGACUGGAGACCUAUCAAACUUGCAUGAAAAGAAGGAAAUUGUGUUCAAAAACUGUAAGCUAAUUCCUCCAGAUUCUGGUACUCCUCAACCUCCUCGUCGUGCUAAACCACCUGGUUGUCGUACUAUUUUUAUUGGAGGCCUCCCAGAUAAAAUACGUGAAAGUUCUGUCAGAGAGAUAUUUGAAAACUAUGGCAGGAUUAUAUCAUUAAGAUUAUCUAGAAAAAAUUUCUGUCACAUACGGUAUGACAGAGAAUCCUGUGUUGAUGCGGCGAUGACAAUUUCUGGUUAUCGAGUGAAACUUAUAAAUAAAGAUGGAGACAAUAAUGGAGAAGAACAGGAUACCCAUGGUACAGUGGGUUGGUUACACGUUGACUAUGCCAUGAGCAGAGAUGACCAAAAUGAAUUUGAAAGACGACAAAGACAAGCAUUACGAGUUCAGCAAGCUCAAAUGCAGCAGUUGAAUGCUCAACAAGAAAUAUUAAACUCCACAAAUGAAUAUAGGCAAUCACCAUCUCCAGUAAGGAUUCAGCCAUAUUCAAACCCUGCUAUGGUACAACUCUCUGAAAAAAUUAAAAGUGAAGAGCAUUUUUCAAGUGCCUUACCAACCUUACUUGCAUGGCUUGAACGUGGUGAAUGCUCCAAGAAAAAUUCAAAUCAGUUUUACUCCAUGAUUCAGGCUACGAAUUCUCAUAUACGUAGAUUAUUUAAUGAAAAAAUGCAGGCUGAAGAAGAGCUGCAGGAGUGUAAGGACAGAAUUAGGAAAACAAUGGAAAAUGUGAUUGAUCAACUCGAACAGGUGGCGAAAGUGUUUACAGCAUCUACCCACCAACGAGUCUGGGAUCAUUUCACCAAACCCCAACGAAAGAACAUUGAGACAUGGCAGAAAAUGGCACAGGAAUUUAGUACACUGAAAGAAGAAUUGUUUGAGAAAUUUUACAAUGACGACGACUAUAAUGGCUGUAAGGCAUCUGAUGGGUACAAUGAAGACAUUCAAGUUUUAAAGCGCGAAAAUGAAAGUCUGCGGUUCCAAUUGGAAGCUUACAAGAAUGAAGUUGAUUUAAUAAAAGCAGACUCUCAAAAAGAGAUGGAGAAAUUCAAAGCGCAGUUCAUUGCUCGUCAAGCUUUGCAAGGAAUUUUUGAAAACAAGAACGUAAGUGAGCCUCCCCUACCAUCUCCGGUAACGAAGCCUCCACCUCCGCCACCGUUGCCUGAUGAUUUGAAUUCGAAAGUUCAUUUGAACGAGACAGUCGAAGUCGGCUGUGGAGAAGCCAAAUUAAUUGGUGUUAUGUCAGCGUUUUUGCAAGUGCACCCGCAAGGAGCGAGCCUGGACUACGUGUUGUCGUACGUGCGCGCCGUGUUCCCGGACGUGUCGCAGGCGGCCGUGCACCGCGUGCUCCAGAGACACGCGGACGUGUUCAGCCGCACCACGUCAGGGGUCGGAGCGAACAUCGAGCACCGCUGGAACUUUGUUGCCUUCCAGAACGCCGACUCUGGAUCAUAGCCUCAAGACGGAAUACAAUGUUCACGAUUCCAAGGAGAUUCUCGAAACAUAAAAUAUAAUUUAUUGCGGUAGGCAGCGGCUUGGCUCUGUC